AUGGCUGAUAUUGGAAUUGUCUAUGGCCCUGAAUUCCAAGGCCUCUCAAACAUUGUCUCCUCUACAAUGGACAAUUUGGCUGCAGCAAAGAUUGUCAAUCCUCCUUUGCAUCAAAAUGCGGCAUUCCUCUUUCAUCUGGCAUGUAUUAAUACGUGCUUGCAUCUGCUCCUGGUCACAUUGGCUAAGGGGAUUAGGAGAAACUUUAGAGACCUCUGCAUUCCCACCACAAUCAAGGAUCUUGCAAUCUCUCAAAGCGCAUUAGAGAUGGACGCUGUUGCAUGGAGCAAAGGGUUGGACAACCUUUCCGUGGACUGCAUGGCGGAUGGGAAGCUAGCACUUCGUCUCCAUGGCCUCAAACUGACCCCGAUGGAUGGCAGUAAGGCUUCUAAGGCGGAGGCCCAUGCGGCUGCGUGUCUCGAAUGGCUUCCUGAUUUUGACAUGGUGGACCAUGCGACCUUGUUCAAGGGGCCGCCAUCAAUUGAAGAGGAGACCCGAAUUCAAAAGAUUGGAAGGUCUCUAGCCCUGCCAGCCGCAUUUUGCCAAGUUCCAAGACUGGCUAAAAAUGGAGACUUGGCACACUGA